AUGGCUGACUUCCAGUACCUGCUUUUCAAGAAGAGGCCCAUAUGGUCUCGCAGUGCCGUCAAGCCCAACAUCAACGUUCACCCUGAGAAAAUGAAGCACCUCCUCCCGUAUUUGGCGUACUACAUGUUAACAGGACCAUGGAGGAGUUUGUGGGUCAGGUUUGGAUAUGAUCCUCGAAAAACACCUGAAGCAAAAAUCUACCAGGUUCUAGACUUCAGGAUUCGCUACAGAAUGAAACAUGGAUUUAGUGUCAAUGACAUGCCAGUGAAAUCCAAAAGGAGCGCUUAUCAUUACAGCCGGCCAACCACUAUCAACAGGGCAGUUCCUCAACCUGCUAGCGUGACUGACAUCACCCAAGAGAGUUCUUCAUCUUCAGGACCCAAACCUGCCACUGCUAAGGACUCUGUCUACAUCUUUCGGGAUGGAAUGCUUCCUCCAUACCAGCAGAUGUUCUACCAGCUGUGUGAUCUGGAUGUAGAAAAAAUAAAGAAUAUCAUCCAUAAGAAUGAUGGAAAAGAGGAAGUGUGUGAUGAGAGAGAUGGAUGGUGUGUGCCCCACACGGCAGACGAGCUCAGGAAUAUAAUUUCUGGAAUGAUCCAGCAAUAUGUCCGAGCUAGCUGCCCAGCUUCAUCCACCCAAAAGCCUGUUAGAACUAGACCUAAAACUGUUGACAGCGGAGAGGAGGGAGAUGAAGAUGACGAUGAUGAUGAUGAAGAUUACAAGCCUUCUGAUGGGAGCGAGAAUGAAAUGGAAACUGAGAUUGCAGAUUACAUGUAAUUAGUUUAUUCUUUGGCACUUGUAAAUGAUUUGAUGUGUAAAUGUUAAUGUAAAAAACUACUUUGUACACUGAUAGAAAUUAGUUUGACAUGUUUAUUUCAUUUGGAUAAUAAAUGGUUUUGUCAAAUUAACUGACUGAGCAAAUUCUUUAAAAAAAAAAAAGAAUCUGACAUACAGUUAUAAGAGAUAUUACGACUAACUAAAAGUUCACUAACUGUAUCAAAAUAAAGUCACACAAUUGUUAGUUGUAUAUUUGGAUACUUCUAUGCAUACACUGUAAAAUGUAAAAACACGGCCAAAUUUUGACAGUAACACAUUGGUUUUUAUUAAAACAGUAAUAUACCAUUGAAAACAAUGCAUUCUGGGUAAUAUUUUUCAUUUUUUCAAGAAAGUAGCCUACU